CAGCAGCAGACAGAAGGAUCACUUCUGAGCUUCAGAUAUAUGCUGCCAGCUUGAAAGAAGGACAAGAUCAGAGAACAAAGAUCUCUAGUUCUAGUGCUUAACCAGGUGUAAUUUGAUUUAUUGUUUGCAGGACAAAACAUUAGGAGGGAAGAUGCUUCCUUUCUACUUUCUGAGCUUGAUUGUGACAGCUAAAGCAGAGCUUUUGCCAGGCUCCUGCAGCUUUCAGGACAGUUUAUGUGACUAUACGUCUGACCCCGACUUCCUCAGCUGGACCCUCAAACCUUCCGGACACUUCAUCACAGUGGAAGAGCGAGUCCAGGAGCACCAGGGAAAGGCGGUUCUUUUGGGUCCAGAUGUGGAUCAGCAGGACUGGAGCUGCUUCAGGAUGGUCUAUCAGGUCACAGGCAGCGCCUCCCUGCAGGUGCAGAAGCGCACGGACGGAGAGAGCUUCGAUCAGGUGCUCUGGACCACCCAAAACCCGUCUGAUAGCUGGCUCAUCGCCAGCAUUGACCUCCAGAACAGCAACGAAACUUCCAAGAUCGUCAUUGAAGGCAAACUAGGAGCAGAAGAAGGCAGCAGUGUGUCCAUCUUUGAGAUCAAGAUCUCUGAUAAAUACUGUAUAGAGUGUGACUUUGAAGAAGAUCAUCUGUGUGGCUACAUUAACGACAGGAACAGAUUCAUGAACUGGCGUGUGGGGAGAUCUAAUGAUUCACUGAACCAUGGACCAGGUCAGUACAUGUAUGUGGACUCUACAGACAUUAAAAGCUUCCAGGAGGUGGCCAGGCUGGUGUCUCCGAUCACCUCAGUGCCCAUGUCGGGCUGCUUGAGCUUCCAGUACCAGCACUAUCACGCCGGGGACCAUCUGUUCCUCCUCUUCAGCAGGGAUCAGGCCGGACAGUAUCAGGAGCUGUGGAGAGCCGAUCUACUGGAGAACAACACCAUGAACUGGAGUCCAGAAACCAGAGUCUGGAGACCUGUACAAGUGGACCUCAAAGCUCCAUAUCCAAUAGAGUUGGUUUUCGAGGAGACGUUCAACAGUCCACAUGGAGGAUAUGUGAUUCUUGAUGACAUCUCCUUCUCUCCAGAGUUCUGUGAUGCAGGAACAGAACCAGUAUUUGAUCCAUCUGUUGCCAACUGUGACUUUGAGUCAGGAUAUUGUCAGUAUGUCCAGACACAGACAGACAGUUCACUGUGGAGGAGAGUGUCUGUGAGACCCAACAUCUUCACGGCUGGAGACCACACGACAGGAGCAGGAUCCUUCUUGUUGGCCAACUCUCGCUUCAGAUUACUGUCUGGAUACGUCAGUCGUUUGUUUGGCCCAGUGAUGCCAGCCAAUCAGAAAUACUGCCUGAAGUUCUUCUACUCCCUGCAAGGCCUCAGUGGAACAGACCGAGUCUUGGCAGUGUAUCUGUAUUACGGCGACGGUACUAAACAAGAACAAAUAUGGACCCAGAAUUAUAAGAUAACAAAUGUUUGGAUUGCAGUAGAACUGACCAUUCAGAGUCUGAAGAAUGCCCAGGUGGUUUUCAUCAGCACAUGCAAACAUUUUUGGAGCUGUAGUUCUGUGGGUCUCGACGACAUUAAGGUCACGCUGGGCGACUGUGCACUGUUAGCGUCCUCGGCGUCAGCUCUGUCUCGCUGUGACUUUGAGGCUGGUCUGUGUGGAUUCACUCAGGAUAAUGAGGGAGACUCGGGUGACUGGAUGCUGGCCCGAGGACCCACACCCACAUCCUUCACAGGGCCCCGAGGAGACCACACCACCGGAGUGGGUCAUUAUUUGCACAUCGAGGCGUCAGUGAUGCAGGCCGGUCACACAGCGCGCCUCGUCUCCAGCUCUCUGCGCGGCUCUAGAGACACACAGUGCUUGCAGUUCUUCUACCACAUGUACGGCUCAGGGAUCGGACAGCUGAGCGUUUACCUCCAGACCGGACAAGAGAGCCAGGACAAACUACUGUGGACGAGCCGUGGAGAGCAGGGCAUCUCCUGGCUCCGAGCGGCAGUGAACUAUCAGUUUGACCAGCGGCACCAGAUUGUGUUUGAAGCCACCAGAGGAGCAUCAGCAAGGAGUGAUAUUGCAAUCGAUGAUGUUGUUUUCGAAAGAGGACCAUGCAGAGAAUAUGCUGAUGACCAUAUCCCUCAUCUUCACCUCUCUGGGAAUAAUAAUGACAUUCAGGAGUAUGAAACCGCAGGUAAAGAGCUCGCGGGGCUGAAGGAGAAGCUCAGGAGCCGCUGCUCAGGAAGAUCUGCAGAUGAAGGAGCUGCUCAGCACACAUCACAAACCUGAUCAGAGUUAGGGCCAAAACAUCAGCACAGGAUCAUCUUUCAUAUCAGUCGAUAGACAUCAUCACCUUUAUCUCUUUCAAGAUUAAAGACAGGUGUUUGCUCUCGAGUGAAAGUUGUAGAAACCAGACGGUUAACUGUGGUUCCCAUUGACUUCCAUAGUAACUCUUUUCCUACUAUAGAAGUCAAUGGGAACCACUGACUGUUCGGUUCCCAGCAAUCUUCAACAUAUCUUCGUUUAUGUUCAACAUAAGAAAGCAGCUCAUACAGGUUAGGAAAGACAUGAGGGUGAAGAGAUGAUGACAGAAUUUCAUUUUUGGGUGAACUAUCACUUUAAAGGGAUUGAUCUUCCUAACAUUUAUUUGGAAAUCAGUUAUCAUGUUCUGUAAUCCUUUUUAACAAAGACAUAACAAACCAAUAUAUAUUUAUUAAUUUAUUACAAAUAAAUUUAAAUGUACUUUGUAUUUGUUGUGCGUGUCCAUCGACAGCCGAAAUCACCAGAUCACUUCCUGUUCAGAUGAAUAGUCACGUGCGCUCACAAGACACGGUUUUAUUUGAUAGCUGGGUUUGUGGAACUAAAUCAUUAACCGUAUAUAAACCAGAGAUUAUGCUUUAUCAUGCCUUGAGUUCAGAUGAUGUAAAGUGCCUUCAUAUCAACCGUUUCCUCAAAACCAGUCUGGGAUAAAGCACAGCAGUCUCAUAUAAAACCAUUCUUGAGAUAUAGGGCAUUAUAACACUGUAUAGGGUUAUAAACCCCACUUCUAAUGAGUAGAGAAAACAAUGAUCAGUUCUUAUAGGGGACACUUCAUAUGAAGUCGUUUUACCGAGGGAUUUAAGAGAAAUGCACCAUGAUUUUACUUCAGAGGCUUAUAGAGAGGAGCAAUCUAGUCUUGUUAUCUCUCAUCUUCCAAUGCAUAAAUCUAAGGAAAACAUUUUACUGUAACAUUAAGGGGCAUUCAAUUAUUUCAAUCAUAUUAAUCUGUACAUUCAUGCAUUCUGGGUUGAAAUUUAACCUGUUCUUAUAAGAGACCUCACAUGAUGUGUGCACCCUUUACAUGAAGAUACUUUACUGCAGCGGUUUGGAGCUGCAUGCAUUCAAAGUCAAUAUAAUUCUCAGAUAUUGCACAAUUCCUCCAGUGUAAUAAUGUUAAAUACUUACGUUAUUAGAGAUCUAAGAGCAACAGGAAGUCAUUUAUGAGUCUGGGGACAGCUGGAGACAUCACGGACACCUCUACACUUGAUCUAGAAACGACCCACGGUCUCUGGAUGAAUGAUGCUCAGUCAGUAUUCAGAGAGGGAUGACUGAGCCAAACCACUCAAUGAUUUCUAAAUGAGAAGUCAGCAGUCAUUUUGAACUAACUGUAAUCGAGACAAACCCCAACAUAAAGGGAAUUACAGUAAUCCAGCUUGGCAGAGAUCAAGGCACGGAUUACAGUUUCAGAAGGGUUGAAGGAAAGAAAGUACUUUAACUUUCGAUUUCAACACCAAAUUUAUCUGGAAAACCAAGUUAUGCUGGAAAUACGUGUAGCUUUUUAAAACAAACCGAACAAAAACUAUUCUCUUAAACCUGCCGAGGUACAAGCCUCAACUA